AUGCUCAAAUCCGAAGCCGAGGUCCCAAACAUUACAUGGGCACGCACCUACAGCACCACUUUCCGUUAUCGAUUUGUUCUAGGCGUGCCUCGCCUUGUAACCAUCGACCCCAGCACCAUCAACUAUGUGCUCUCCCAUCCCGAGUUAUUUCCCAAGCCCGACCAUGUCAAGAGCGACCUCAUAUCCCUUACGGGCGGUGGCCUAUUGGCGGCAGACGGCGAGACUCACCAUCGACAGAGGAGGCUGCUCAAUGCUUGCUUCAACUCUUCAGCGGUCCGAGGGGUGGUGCCCAUCUUUUACGACAAGGCUUAUGAGCUCCGGCAAAAGCUGCUGGACUUAUUGGAUGGUGCCUGCGCCGAAACGCCUAGCUUCACGCCUCCACAAGCCAUUGACUUGGUUGAGGGUGCCAGGAAGAUUGAUAUGGUCAAGUAUCUCAGCAGGACAACUCUCGACAUCAUCGGCCUUGCAGGCUUUGGGUAUGAUUUCAAACAGCUCCAAGAGGCAGACACCGAGCUGUCAAGACCCAUGAAGUCUCUGUACGCAAUCAUCCUGCGGCCUUCUAUCCUGUCUAUCCUCCAAACUCGUUUUCCGCUUCUGAGAUCCCUGCCCACGGCGAGGAUGCGAGCUGUGAAGAAAAACUUGAAAGCUUCUAGGAGGGUUGGUGAGAGGAUAGUACGUGAGAAGAAAGCAGAAGCGUUGCUGGCUGGGGGGCUAUUUGAAAAGGGAAACACGGGCAAAGAUCUAAUCUCUUUGCUGAUCCAAGCCAACAUGGACGAUUCGCUCCCAGCCGAACAGAGACUGAGCGAUCGUGAGGUGGUAGACCAGAUCACUACCUUUAUGGCUGCUGGGAAUGACACCACGUCUAUCGCAUUGACUUGGAGUCUCCGCCAGCUCGUCUUGUCUCCUACUAUACAGGAUCGCUUGAGGGAAGAGUUCUCCACGAUCAUUGACGAUCGCCCGGACUUAGAGACGUUGAACGCGUUGCCCUACUUAGAAGCAUUCAUACGCGAGGUUCUCCGGCACAGCCCUCCCGCCCCCAGUGUCUUCAGAAGCGCUAGAGAGGAUCAUAUCAUACCCCUCGGUAUGCCUAUCUUGGGCAGAGAUGGCAAUAUGAUACACCAUAUCAAGGUGCCCAAAGGUACAAGUAUACAAUUCUCCAUCGCCACCAUCAACACCUCCCCGAUAUUCUACGGUGCCGACGCUGCCGACUUCAAUCCCGACCGUUUCCUUGACUCUCCCAAAAAGAGGAAGAGGAGUGAAGUCCCAGGUGUGUGGGGAGGCAGCAUGGUUUUCUUCUCUGGACCCCACCACUGUAUCGGCUAUCGAUUCGCCCUUGCAGAGAUCAAGACUAUUCUUUUUGUCCUGUUGAAGAACUUCGAGUUUGCAGAGCUACCUAGCAAGCCGGUGAUUGAGAGGAAGGCGGCAAGGGUGAUGAGGCCGAGAGUGGUAGGUGAGGAAAAGUACGGACCGCAGCUACCUUUGCUGGUCAAGGCGCUGGGGGUCUAG